GUGCGGCUGGAGGCGGUUUGUCGGCAGGCGCAGGACACGGAGGCAAAGCUGAAGACGCAGCUUGAGGAGCUCCUCAUUGAGGCUGAGAAGGUCAAGCCAAGGCGAGAGGACAUCGAGAGCUUGUUCUACUCCGAUCAAGGCUGGGGAACAUGGGAGCAGGAUUUCCGGCGCUGUUGGUCCGCGAAUGCCAAAGCUGCAUCCAGCUUGCCAAAGGAGCUUCGGCCACUCCAGGCCUCUGUGCUCUUGCCGAGUUACCAAAGAAGCGGGGCCUUCUUGUGCAGCGAGUCCCCCCUCGCGGCGUUCCUUCCUGACUUUGCCAGCGCAGAGGAAUGCGCCCAACUAAUUGAGCUGGGCUUCCGGACCUGCAGGCGUCACAACGAAGACGCGCAGGAGAUGCAGCGCACGGGAGAGGCCUCCGCGGAAGUGCUCCGUGGUGUCGCCACUGCCUCUCUGGAGGUAAGUCGUCUCUCUGGUGCGGACAAACUUUUGAUGCAGGAGAUGCAACAGCGCGUUGCAACCUUGACUGGCAUCCCCAUCCAUGGGCAAGAGAUUAAUCCGUUUCUGAAGUUCGACCAGCCGGCCCAGGGGGCCCAUGUGCCAGGAGACGGAGACGACAUGAGCAUCGGCUUGCAUCUGGACGUUAAUGGCGGUUUUCCUCAUUGUGUUUGCUCUGUCAUCCUCUACUUGAACGAGGUGGAGAGUGGCGGACGGACGGUUUUCCCAUGUGCGGAAACACCGAACGCGCAUGGGGAGGAGGAAGCGUGCUGUCGAGCUUUGGGGGAAGUGCUUGCAGGUGCUGGCCACACCCACACAAGCCAUUCUGCUGUGGCAGAAGCACUCGGCGAACAGGCUGCAGAGCUUGUGCGACGAGCGAAUGGUCGGUUGGCUGGCCUGAGGGUCGUGCCGCGACGAGGAGCCGCGCUUUGCUUCUUCACGCUGCGCCCGGAGGGGGCGGAGGGCUGCGAGAGCUUCGGGCCGGACCCAGCUUCCUGGCACGGUGGCGCUGCCGUUGCGGGCCGCUUGGGGAAGUGGACCUUGCAAAUCUUCAAGGAAGUGCCGAUUUCGCACCGUUGUGGUGGGCCUGCCGAGGAGGCGAGAUACAUCGAAUCUCUCCGACAGCGCCUCCUGCAGGCUGCGACAGUCAUGGCUACAAUCGACUAA